UCUCGCGAGUUUGACAGGCGUGCUGCGUGAUUGACCGAUGAGGUGCGCGACUGCGAGCGACUUCAGAGUGACAACAAGAGCCGAGGAUUUUAUACUUGGAGAGAACAACCGCGACGAGCCGGAGCUGCCGUCAAUCUUCCUCAGGAGAAACAAUUUGAGAGAAGAACCCUUUCAAUUGACAGAACAACAUGACUGGCCAAUUGGGAGAAUAUGGGACGUCCCGCCAUGCUUUUGUCUUCCCCAGGGGACUCUGACGUUUAAUUCGACCCUUGCCGGCCUUCCGGUGGAGAGGGUGGGACGGCAGACGUUCGAUUGGUCCUCAGCUGCCCUGAGGAGCUGUCAGCGAAUCCAGUUUGUGUCAGGCAGCAGAAUUGAGAAUCAUCGCAGCUGCGCUGAAAAGUCUUCUUCAUAAGAUUCGAGUCACCGCGCUCGUCGUUUCGCAGCCGUCGCAGUACUAAUUGUCACAGCGGUGCGUCCGCAGAUGCUUUGUCAACGUCUCGCUCGGGCUCCUGAGUGAUCUCCAUCAUGGAGGUGCCGAGGAUGCCUCCGCCUGUGCCCUUACCCCGCACAAUUUUUAAUCCCUCUCGGUCUCUGGGCGCUAAGAAGAACCUCUCCCUGAGCAAGCCAUCACCGGAAGAGGAAAAGAUUCAGGAGGAGAAUGAUCUAGAGGACGAUGCAUUUGGAGAGGAUGAAGAGGAGAAGAGUGCAGAUGUGACUAUUUCCUCAGUGGAAGAGGUGGACAAGAUGGCGAAGGAGGAGAAGGCAGCAAAGGAGAGGGCUGCACAGAGGCAGCUGAUGUCCGUUCAGGAGCUGUUGCAGUCUGAGAGAAAUUACCUGAGAAUGCUGCAGAUCAGCACCUUCACCAUCAGGAGCAACCUGCAAAAAUUACAGCCUCCGUUGGCUAACUUAGACAGCAUGUUCCUGUAUGUGGAGGAUGUGAUGGACGUGUCCAGUCGGCUGAUUAGUCUACUAGAGCAGAAGCAGCUCCAGCCCGGAGAGCCGCUCUUCCUCGAGGCACUGUGUGACGCGUUCCUCAGCCUGUCCUCUGAUAUCGAGGCAGCCUACAAGGAGUACCUAGCCAACUACAAUCGUGUCACCAUGGUGGAGAACUCCUAUAAACAGAAGGAGGCGCUGUGGGACCAGAUUGUCAACGUCAUCAAGACAUCAGCGCCUGAAGUGAACGCCAGCUCGCUGACUUUCUUCCUGGUGAUGCCCGUGCAGCGCAUAGCCCGCUACCCUCUCCUCCUGCAGACAAUCCAGAAGCACACGGACACACAGCACCCGGCGUACUCGCUGCUGGAAAAGACGGCACACACCUCCGUCGCCAUAAACUGUCACAUCAACGAGUUCAAGCGCUUCCGGGAAGUCGCCGACAAGUACAAAAAGAGUGAAACGCUGAGCAUCAUGGACAAGAUCAAUCGCUUGAAUUCGCACAGCAUCGCUAAGAAAACAGCCAGGAUCGGCCAGUUCAUCAAACACGAGACAGGCAUGGUUCCCAAGCUAGUGGAUGAGGAGUUUGAUGCCCUCGAGGACUUCUUUUAUGUGCUUGAGCAUGGUAUCUUGCAGCUACUGGACAAUGUGGAGCUCUACCUCCAUCACCUCCAGACUUUCCUGGACUGCAAAACGGAGGAGUUUGACCUGGACAUGGAUGGCGAGAAGGUGCCCAUUUGCUAUAAGGAGAUCACCACUGGACUCAGACAGUGGAUCCUGCCUGAAUUUGAAAAGAGGAUGAGGACGUUGAUCCACAAACCUUUGUGUGCACUACGUGACCUCCUGGCAGGCCCAAGGAACUUGAUCCGUAAGAGGCUGCACAAGCUACUUGACUAUGAAGUGAUUGAGGCGAAACCUUCCCUGAGCUACGACGAGCAGGCCAUUGCCAACACGUAUAGGACAAUGAACACGUUGCUGCUCAACGAGCUUCCCAAGUUCAACAGCUUGGCGUUGCAGAUGAUCUGGAGCAUGUUGGGAACGUUCAGCUGCCUCCACAAAGACCUUGCCUCUGACUUGCAGCAGCUCUUCCAUAGUUUCGCUCAACAGCUUCCUCACAGCUCUUUAAACACUGCUGCAUUCUGGGAGUGGGCUGAGACGGCAGUGCUCGAAGGGGCGAGGAGGCUGGAUACUUUGGGUCAAAAUGUGGAAGAGACGCUAUUGCGGCCCUCCUUUCUGCCAUUAAACUCGUCCUCGCAGCAGCGACUCCAGCAGUUGACGAACAAGCACAGUUCCGACAAGAUAUACCAGGUGCUGAGCACCGUGGUGGGCAGCCGAGACCUGGACCUCAACCUCGCCAAGGGAGAACUAGUGGCCGUCAUCAGUCAGGCAGACACCCGCGGAGACAAACGCAGAUGGCUCGUGGAUGCUGGGGACAGACGAGGCUAUGCGCCGGCCUCCAAGUUGACCCGCUAUCACCAGGCCGAGGAGGAGCCUCCACCCUCGCCUCAUCUGAACCUCCCGCAGGUUACCGGUGACUUCAGAAGACACUCGUACACGUCCGAGCUCUCACACACGACUGCAACAGCCACUCGGCUGGCUUUCAGUCAGCCAUGCUUCCAGGUGUUUGCGAUGUAUGGCUUCACAGCACGAGGAAACCACGAAGUUUCUGUGGCGGCAGGCGACCCGGUGCAGGUGCUAGAGCCUCACGACAAGCGGGGCAACCGUGAGUGGAGCCUGGUGGAGGUGCGAGGUCGGCAGAGGGGCUAUGUGCCCUCCAACUACCUGGCCGUGGCCCCCAUCCCGGGCGCGCUAACCUCCUGCCAACCAUUCUGCUAGCACAUCUGCCGUGGCCGCUCGUGUGCAAAAGGUUAGCUGACAUCAUCAACCAUAAAGAAAUAGAUGUGUGUUAAAGACUGCACACACUAAGCAAAACACUGGUUACAACUCAUCGAACCACGGUGGGGGGGGGGGGGGGGGGGGGGUUUCAACAACAGAAAAAAUGAAAAGGCAAAACAAAGUCUAGCAGUCAAAAUGCAAAUUAAUGUAUACAGACAAGAACCAGGUUAAAAAAAAUAAAGUAACUGUGUCAAAACCAGUCGAAAGAACGCUCAAAAAGUCAAAUUCUGUCAAAAAAAAGUAAAUAGGUUUUCUUGGUUUUAGAUAUUGUUCUUGACAUUUUAUGACUCUUUUAGAUAAGUUCUGUCAUGAUUUCUGAUUUGUUUCUUCACUCCUCUCGACUGGUUCUUGCCUUGGUUUUCGAAUUGGAUUGGACUAUUUAUUGCUUAUUUUUGGGGAUUCUUUUGAUUGGUUCUUUGAUUUUGGUUUUGACUAUUCAUGAGUUUUUACUUGUUACCUGUUUUUUGGUUGUUACCUUUUUGAACAAAGUCUUUGUUUUUUUUAACUUCAUCUUUGACUGUUUUAGGCUAAUUCUUGACUUUGUUUUUGAGUGAUUCUUGAAAUGUUUACAUAACUGUUGCUCAAGUCUUUUUGACUUGGUUUUUACUGUUAACUGUUCUGGGCUACUUGGUUUAUAUAUUUUUUUUGGCUCUAAACACUUGACUUCACUUAGUUUAUGACUAACUUAAAUUUUUUUUUUGAUUUUGAUUGUCUGUCCUGAGAGGUUCUGUUGAAAUUCAGCCAGUGGUUAAAAGCUCGGAAAACAUUAUGUAGCCCCCCCUAAACCAUCCUCAGUGGUUAGUUGUUGGAGAUGAUGGGCUGUGUGUGUGUUGUUAACCAGCUAGCAGCUACAAUGGCGCCACUGCAUGGACACUGAAGGACCUAAUGCUGCUUUUUGCAAUGGAGAUGACCUCACUCAAUGCCUUCCACAUGACUGUGAAGAGACACUGCAGUGAGAUGUCGGUGAAAUGAAGGAAACGCUGCAGAUUUUGGAUCAUAGUUUUCGUUUUGUUUCGAAGGACUUUUUUAUGUUAUUACAUUAGUGCACUAAAGACAUGUCAGGAUUUGGUAGGACUGAAAUUGUAAAUAUAGUGAUGCCUUGAAGUACUUGAGUGACUGACUUGCAAUUCUUUUUAAGUCGUCAAAUUUAAUUUAGACCUGUGUGCACAAACUUGAGACAGGAACAUUAGUUUGCCAAAUGUAAACAAUUUAUCACUAAAAUGUUUUGAGCUAUUUGUCACUCCCAGUUGAAGCUUACUGUCACAAUAAAUAAAUGUAUACAAUGUCAGGUCACUGUAUAUUUAAAACAACUACAUAACUCCGCUUAUUAACAACAAAUCAUACAAAAUCCCAUUGGUAUGCAAACAAUAUAUGAACACAAACGGAAGAGCAACACGCGUAGACAGACAAUACUCACAGGCUGGCACAUAUACAGAACGACUAAAUUUAAAUUCCUCGUUUCCCGGGUAAUUCAUAAUUCCCACUUUGCACGAUAGAAACACACAAAACUUGAAAUAAUCCAAUAAAUAUAAUAUUCAAAUAAUCUAAAACUAGUUUAAGUAUUGCAAAUAAUGCAAACACAGAGCUAAAAAUUUGAUUCUGCAUUCUGUUUUAUCGCCCUGAUGCAUACGGGGAAUAUUAACAUUGCACAGUGUGUGUGUUGCCAGUAUUAACACUAACGUGUACGCUUGUGCUCUAAAUUUGUAUAUCUGUAUUACUGUUUUUUGGCUGUCUUUUAUUAACUUAUUGGAGACAUUGGAAGUGUCCAUUUCGUUGAAUGUAGCAGCACGCCAAUGCUAAAGAUACUUCAAUAAAGCUAUGAAAUCCAACUCA